GUGCAUUAUGCUCAGCUCCAUUGGAAGUGACGAGGUAACACUACGUUUUCUGAGCUGUACAACCGGUGGACCACAUCCUGCGGCCAGACACACCAAUCUUCGUACGAUGCUUCCUAAAGCGAGAGUAAGAACUAAUGAAGAGCUCUUCGAAUUGCGGGUUUGCGGAGACAUUAUCGCAGCCCGCUAUGAAUAUUCGGAUGGACUGAUUUUCGGAUUAUGGGUGUUCGAUUGGAGACGCGGCUCUUUGCUUUUGGUAUGUACGGCCUCCUAAUCC